AAGAGUCCGAGAGGAACUGAAACUUUCUGAACAAUGGAAGUUCAUUCUAUCAUGGAUUUGCCCGAUGAUUGCCUCAUUUUCAUCUUCCAAGCUCUAGACUGCGGGCCCGAUCGGGAGUCAUUCGGGCUAACCUGCCACCGGUGGCUACGUAUUCAGAAUAUAACCCGUCGAUCAUUGCAGUUUCAUUGCUCAUUGUCCCUGUUCAACCGCAGUCCUUCUCAGAGCAAUAUCGAUAUCAGCUCGUACCGCCUCAGUAGGCUGCUGACCCGAUUUACAUAUCUUCGGUCUCUUUCCCUCUCGGGCUGCACCAAGUUGCCGGACUCAGGCCUGGCCCAGUUGCAAUUCUCUGGGCAUGAUCUCCGAGCUCUCCAUAUGGACUGCUGUUUUGGGAUCACUGAUAACGGGAUAUCUCUGAUCAGCACCAGCUGUCCCAAUUUAGCAGUCAUCAGUCUAUACCGCUGCAAUGUCACCGAUGCUGGCCUAGAAGCACUGGCCUGUUCAUGCUUGGGCCUGAGAGAUGUGAAUCUUGCAUACUGUUCCCUCAUCACUGAUCGUGGGGUUAGCGCUCUUUCCCAGAGAUGUCGAGAGCUUCAGGCGGUAAAGGUCUCCUCCUGUAGGAGGAUAAGCGGCACCGGGUUCAGAGGAUGUUCGCAGACUCUAGCUCACAUAGAUGCAGAGUCCUGUAAGCUCGAGCCAGAGGGCAUAAUGGACAUCGUCAGCGGUAAGGGUCUUGAGUACUUGAAUCUAUCAGGCUUGAGCUGGCAGUUUCAGGCCGAUGCGCUGGGCCCAAUUGGUGGAGGCGUCUGUGAGAGGCUCAAGAUACUAAACCUCCGAAUGUGCAGAACGAUCGGGAAUGAGUCCAUCUAUUCAAUCGCAAAGGGCUGUCCGUUACUUGAGGAGUGGAACUUGGCCCUGUGCCAUGAGGUGAAGCUUCAGGGUUGGGAAUCGAUCGGGAGAUUCUGCAAUAACUUGGAGAGACUCCACGUGAACCGAUGCAGGAAUCUGUGCGACCGCGGGUUUCAGGCACUGAGAGAAGGUUGUAGAAGGCUGUCGGCUCUGUACAUAAGCGGUUCGUACCGGAUCAGCGGGCACACAAUCGAGCUGUUCAAGCUCCAUAGAGGCCACGUCGAGAUCAUGGAAAAGGAGGUCAUGUGUAUAGGGCCUCAUUGGACAAGUCAAUGACAAACAGAUUGAGCAAUGAUCAUACAUCCCAUCCCGUAAAUAAUCUAACAAUUUUAUGAUUAGAAGGGUAUAUGAAAUACCUCGGCCGUUCCUCCAUAUGGAGACGGGACAUGCUUACCAAAUAAUUUGGCACGUACUGUUUUAUGGAAUUAUUCGACAAUUUAUAUAUGUUUUAUCUCUUUAUUUAACACGA